GAUACUUUUUGAAGCCUUUACGCGGUGAGUGUGUUCUGUAUAAACUGACACAAGAACCCGGAUUAAGGUCUGAUAGAUGGAAACUAAUUUUCUUAACUUUGGUUUAUGCUAGCUGAACAGUGUUAGAGGGCAGAUGUAGGAUGGUUAUUGAACUGGAGCCGCGCUUUUGACAGUAGUUGAAUGGAGAGCCUUUUUUUUCCCUGACCGUUCGCAGUAGACGUGCUCAAAUAAUGCUGCCGCGUAAAAGCAUCAUUCCCGAAGAGUUCGCGUUCUCCCCGGCGCUCGUGUCGCCGAUUCCCCGCAAGCCCGUGUUCAGGGACCGCGUGAACAAAGCGCGCUUCAUCGCCAAGAGCGGCGCAUGCAACUUGUCGCACAAGAACAUCCGCGAGCAGGGCAGAUUCCUGCAGGACGUGGUCACUACUUUGGUGGAUCUCAAAUGGCGUUUCACCCUGGUCAUUUUCUCCAUGACGUUCCUGUGCAGCUGGCUGCUGUUCGCUAUGUUCUGGUGGCUAGUGGCCUUUGCGCACGGGGAUCUGGACCCUAACCGUAAACCUGGCGUAGAGCAGUGUGUCACUAAUGUCAACUCUUUCACCUCUGCCUUCCUCUUCUCCAUCGAGGUGCAGGUGACAAUAGGAUUUGGCGGGCGUAUGAUAACAGAGCAGUGUCCCACAGCCAUCACGGUGCUCAUAUUACAGAACAUCAUCGGCCUAAUAAUCAACGCUGUCAUGCUGGGCUGCAUCUUCAUGAAAACUGCCCAGUCCCACCGGCGCGCCGAGACCCUCAUCUUCAGCCGCCAAGCCGUCAUCGCCGUGCGUAACAACCGCCUGUGCUUCAUGAUCCGGGUGGGUGAUCUGCGUAAAAGCAUGAUCAUCAACGCGGUUGUGUGCCUCCAAGUGGUCCGGAAGACCACUACGCCAGAGGGCGAAGUCAUACCCAUCCACCAGAUCGACGUCCAGACAGAAAGUGCAGUUGCCGGCAACAGCAUCUUCCUGUUGGCGCCCCUGAUCAUAUGUCAUGUCAUCGAUAAGGACAGUCCACUGUAUGAUCUCUCGGAGAUGGAGCUGCAGUGUAGCGAUCUGGAGGUCAUUGUGAUCCUGGAAGGUGUGGUGGAGACCACAGGCAUCUCCACUCAGGCUCGCACCUCGUACGUGACUGAGGAGAUCCAGUGGGGCCACCGAUUCGUGCCUAUAGUGACCGAGGAAGAGGGGGUAUACUCGGUGGACUACUCAAAGUUCGGGAACACGGUCAAAGUGGCCACCCCACACUGCAGCGCCCGCGAGCUGGACGAGAAGCCCUCCAUCCUGAUCCAGACACUCCAGAAGAGCGAGCUGUCGCACCAGAACUCUUUGCGCAAGAGGAACUCCAUGCGCCGGAACAACUCUAUGCGUAAGAGCAACUCCAUGCGGCGCAACAAUUCCGCCCUCGCCGUGCCCAAAGUACAGUUCCUCACCCCUGAGGGUGGACCAAAUCUAGCAGUCACAUGACAAAAGGCCUGGUUAGUGAUUUUCACCUGUCUUUCUUUAAGUCCUUGUCUUUCUCUAGGUCCUUGUCAUGCUCUUUUCUAUGGUUUCCUCUGUUUUUUGAUCAUUCCUAUCCUUGGCAACUCUGGCACACCAGAUCCACUUUUCUGCAGAGUUUAGCUCCAGCCCUAAUAAAACACACCAGAACAAGCUACUCGGUGGACGACUCAAAGUUUGGGAACAUGGUUAAGGUGGCCACCCCUUGCUGCAGCACCCGCAAGCUGGACGAGGACCCUCCAUCCUGAUCCAGACGCUCAAGAAGAGUGAGUUGUUGCACCAGAACUCUUUGCGCAAGAGGAACUCCAUGUGUCGGAAUAACUCUAUGCACCACAACAAUUCUGCUCUCGCUUUGCCCAGAGUGUAGUUCCUCACCUCUGAGAGUGGACCAGAUCUUGCAGUCACAUGACAAAAGUCCUGGUUAGCGAAUUUCACCUGUCUUUUUUAAGUCCUUGUCUUUCUCUAGGUCCUUGUCAAGCUCUUUUCCUCUGUUUUUAUCAUUCCCAUACUAGGCAACUCUGGCCCUCGAAAUCCACUUUCCUGCAGAGUUUAACUCUAACCUUAAUAAAACACAUCAGAACAAGCGAAUCAAGGUCUUUAGGAUUACUAGGCCCUGUCGCAAAUGAGACCCUAAGCCCUUGUGGUCUUCUUCUAAUAAGACCACUCAGCAAAAGUGUGCAUCGAAAAGGCAUUGUGCAGCAAAGGGGGCGCUAGCGAGCAAUCGUCUGAAAUUUAAAAUAAUGAAUGGGACACCCUACAGCAGUGUU